GAGCACAGGCGUACGCCCGUCGGAAUCAAACAACACCCCCUUCCUAAAACUCGUUUGUGUGUAAUUGAUAUCGAGCCUGAAGGGAAGAAGAAGAAGAAGAAGAAGAAGAAGAAGAACCGAGCGGACUUUCUGUAUCUUGCCAACCGGCGCGUCCAGAAGGAGGCACACUAAGACACCCACUGACGGCAGAUGAACAUUACAGUGCAGAAACGAAACUGCCGCCCUUCUCAAGUACAAAUGGAACAUAAUGUUGAGGAGGAUGGGUGGUGCUGGUAAAGAGAAACAAUACAGCAGAUAAACAUAAUUGGAUGAUGGAGUACAAUGAGAGAGUGCUUUGUGGGGCAGGGGAGUUGGAGCUUGACCCCAACAUUGUCAGUGAAGAAGCCGGGAAACUGUACUCAGAACUACAGACAGUUAUCGAGACCCAUGGUGAAGGUGUGGUGGAGUCGCUGGUGCCCAUAUUUGUGUGGGUCCUGGAGGGUCUGGCCAGCUGCAAAGCCCAGCUGAGGGACAGGGAGGAGGAGGCGGAGAGGGAGAGAGCUGAGCGAGAGGAGCUGCUGGAGCGAUACCAAGCAGAGAAAGCACUACGGAAAGACAGUCAAGAGAGGUAUCUUGAGCUAGAUGACCAAAUUGAACAGGAGAGGAGAGCCAUGAAGGGGAGGGAGAAGGGAAGAGAACAACGAGAGAGAGUGCUGGAGAAGAAAGCAAGAGAGCAAGCUGAUCAGUUGGUUGCCUUGGAGGAGCAGAAAGCAAAUCUGAGUAGAGAACUGAGCUCACUGAGACAUACUCACAACAAGUUGGCUCACACGUAUCGGGAACUUUUGGAAAACAGAAAGGAUUCUGAAAGGGAUUCUCCUUUAAGGAAUCACGUUCGUCUCAAGAAUGCCGAAUUUCCAUCCAACCAAGUUUUGUCAGAAUCCAGUGAUAAUGAGCAGCAGAUGAUUCAAAGACCACAUUCACACUCUGGGCCCCCCUGUCUGGAAGAUUUAGUAGCCAAGGAGGGAAAGGCGAUUGACAUAGCAGUAAAGCCACCCACAGAUCAGUUCGUCAACGACAUCAUAAGCUCCACCCCUGAGCUGGCACACUUUCAUGGCUGCGUGGAUUCAAGUUCGCCAGUUGGAUCUAACGACGAGGGGCCACCGAGAGAUGAGUCAGAGACCAGCUUGGAGAAAGAGUUGAGGGAGGUGGAGGAGAAGAAGGAAGAGAAGGAACUCAAAGUGGAAGAGGGGAACAGUCAGGAAAAAGAUGAGGAGGAGGAGGUGGAGGAAGACAGUAUGGAGUGGGAGCUUCGCAACACUGACUCUGUGUUUUCUGAACUGUCAGAGCUGAGUCGGGAUUAUGUGGAGAGUGUGGACCGAGGGGCCAGUGUCAGAGGCAGCGCAGACCAGUUUGAGGAGAUUCUCUCUCAGUACGAGGAACUGAAAGUCACCCAUGAGGUAGUAGAAGCUGCCCGCAAAGCUUUGAUAUCUCGGGUAGUAGAGCUGACUGAUGACCGUUCAGCUUUUAAACUGGAAAUGACCUCUCUUCAGGAAACGGUCUCUCGAUUAGAGGGACGAAUGAAGGAGAAGGAGGAGGAAUCUAAGAGACUCCGGAAAGAACUGGAUGCAUGUCAAGUGGAUCCUGAUGCCUCUUCCCUCACAUCCACGCGUCACUUCUCUCGUUCUGAAAUGGCUCGUGUUGUCAUGGAGAAGAACCAGUACAAGCAGCGUCUGUUUGAGCUGCAGGAGGCCGUGAGACAUAGUCAGACAGCCAGAGCAACAAAGGAAGUACGGUUAACAGAGGACAAAAGGUCAAGUGUUUGGAGAAGCUUCAACCGCUUGUUCGGCCUGUCCAAGGAACCCUUAAUCCCACCUCCUGCUUCCGCAUUCACCUUGCCAGCUUCCCCAUCACUCACUCGCUCUCCUGUGGGGUCUCUACAGCGACCAGCUGUCAAUCAGACUCAGGCUGAGUCUGCUUCUCCUGCUGCUCUCUCGCCUCGUAUCAGGAGGAGGGAGCUGUACAGGGAAAUUCGCUCCCACAUUUGGGCAACUCUGGGAAAGCGGCAGAUACAUGGCUGGAGCACACCACUGGCAACCACACAGGAGUCCCAUGAACCUGCUCCAGAGCCUAAAGACGUGCCUGUUCUAGUGCGGCUUAGGUUGUUGGAUCAAAGAGACGCCACUGCCAAGCUGAACUGUGCCGUUUCAGUCACGCCUGAGGUCUCAGGAGAGGCCACAUGUUCUGUGUGGGUAGUUUCUGGUCCUGCCUCCAGCAGUGAUGUUACUGUGAUCGAUCCAGCACGGUCCAACACAGUACUGGAUCAGUUCAGCCUCCCUCCCACAGCUCCUGCACUGUGCAUCUGUGCGGUGCCUCCCAUAGGUCACACCACAGGAACUGUGUGGAUUGGAACUCAGGAAGGAAGUAUACUGGUACACUCCGCCUCUGUUGGCAGGAGAUGCUGUCUGCAGUCUGUUUCCCUCUUAGAGGGCGUCUAUUCACUCACGUAUUCAAAGGGUCAAGUCGUAGCUGGUUUAGCUGAUGGGACGUUAGCCUUUUUCUCACAUGGCUCAGAUGGAUGGAAUCUGCAGUCACACUCAGCGGUGCCGCUUGGAUCAAACCCUGUGCAGCCAAUUCGCUGCUGCCUUGCAAAAGAUGGCCGCUUGUGGGCGGGAUAUUGGAACAGAGUCCAUGUGGUUGAUGUUGACCUAAAGAAGGUUGAGCAAACAUUCUCAGUCUCUGAGCGCAGUGAGCAGCAGGUUCGUUUCCUGUGUGCUGGUGGAAGUGGAGUUUGGACCUCUUGUCGACUUGACCCAGUCCUCAGGCUGUUUGACUGGUUCACUGGACGGCCGCUGCAGGAAGUUGAUUUUACAGCUUUGGUCACUAAAACACUAGGCCAACCCUUCCUGACCCUGUCACCUCUCCAGAUCUCAUCUCUCACCAUCAUCUCUGGCCGCCUGUGGGUGGGCACCGGAGGUGGUGCCAUUUUUUCUAUCCCAUUAUCAAUAACAUCAGAAGCCGUUUCCAUUCCAUAUUGCUCCAUUGCAUCAGCCCAGCUGUGUUACCAUGGACACAGACAAGCAGUUAGAUUCAUCAUUGCUGCACCAGGUUGUUUGAUGACCUCUCCUGGCAGCAGCACUGUUACUACCUCUCAGCUCAUCCUCAGUGGAGGAGAAGGCUACAUCAACUUUCGAAUUGGAGACGAUGCAGGUGACGCGUCGGUGGAGUUUUCCCAAGCUGCAGCUCAACGGUCUGAACGCAGUCAGAUGAUCGUUUGGCAGAAUCCCACACCCUCGUUGCCCAGUCCUGCCCUCUGACAUUGUUCAUUACCCAGUUCAGAUGUAGACUGUACACCAGCAAAGCUAGAGACAACAUUGGAAAUGGUGCUUUCAUGAAACUAUAUGAACCAACAUCUCGUGGGGCAGAAAUAAAAGUGUCCUUUAAAAGAAAAUAUAGGAUUUAUACUGUUUCAUCUUUGUUUACCUCAUUCAUUUUGUACAUAUAUUUUGACUGGAUUGUCCUCGUGGAGGAGGAUGAUGACUUACCGUAAUAUGUGCCUUCAUCUGAUCUCAUUGUAUGAUGGAUUAGUAAUUCAGGUGUUGGAUCAACAGAUCAUUUUUACCUUUGUACUAACAAUGCAUUUGGUCUCACUGACAUACAGCUCUUGUCUCGGAUACGUUUUGAUACUGCUUAUCAACGAGCAUGCAGAGUCGUUGUUCACAUCCUACAUCUUUGCAUCAUUAAGUUAAACUUGAUCAUGUGGCUGCUCUUGAAUCUGCUGUGUACAGACUUUGUUCUUAACUGUGAACUGGAAGACAAUCAGACUCUUUUUUAAAAAUCUCUUAUCUGAUGAUGCUGCAUUGGGAUUGGUGAUAAUUUUUUCCCAAUUUCUGUCAUGAGUAUUGACUCAAAUUCUACCCGUCCACAUUGCAUGUGAUGUAAUGAUAAAUAAGAACACGUUAUAAAUGUGUGUACAUGUGUGUCGGAUCUUCUAAAUGAACCAUUUGUCUUCCUUUCCUUAAAAUGUUUUUCUUUUCUCCAUCGGCACUUUGAUUUGUUUUUCUCUGAAUGGCAUGAAAUGCUUUUUUUCUCCUUUAUUUUGUUUUCAUUUGAUUUCUGUUAUUUUUUUGUAAAAUUAAGGAGGGACAUUUUUAAAGUGUCCUCUGUGGUAUUUCUGUGAAAUUACGAUUUUGUGCACACAUGUUGGUGUCAUAGCUCCUCCUCAUCCUUUGUGGAAAAAACAAUACUUAAGUAUUGCAGUUGACUCAAACAUUAUCACCAUUAAAAUGUCUUAAAUGGUUAA